AUGGUUCACUUUGGUAUUUACCUACACCUGUUGUCUUUGUUGCAGUUUGUUGACAGCAUCUAUGGCGUCUACAGCAACAAUGCGGUGGCUGAGGUGGUCACAGUCAAGACCUUCGAAGCGCCUCUCACCAGAAAGUCUCGCUCCAUUCUCGAGUCAAAGCAGAUUAGCAACCCAGGAAGUCCCUACAAUCUGGCCUACAAAUACAGCUUGGAGUACGCCGUGAUCUUCAACAUCGUGCUCUGGCUUAUGAUCCUACUGGCCCUGGCGGUCAUCGCCAUCUCGUACAACCUGUGGAACAUGGACCCCGGCUACGACAGCAUCAUCUACAGGAUGACCAAUCAGAAGAUCCGCAUGGACUGAGCACUCUGUUCCCAUACCUACAUGUCCUCAUUCUACUUCCUGUGCUGAUGUUUGUUUAGUUUUCUCCUGUC